AUGGUGGAUAAACUAACCCCACCAUUCGUUCCUCCGUUUCAGCACACGAAAAUGCCUGCAGUGCCGUGCCGGGCAAGCAAAGGGCAUCAUCAGGUUCAGCUGCAGCACUCCGUGAUAACGUUUGGUUCACCAAAUGUGGAGGAUGGUUCAAGAUUCUUCAGGCAGGUAGUCGAAGGCGUGCGCACAGGUUCAGAGCGAGUGCUACCAAAGGAUGAAAGUAGACGAUGCCUCAGUGGUGAGAGCGAUGGCGCGACUAGUCGAAGGUUACAGCAGCUGAAUACUGACCUUCAGCAGGCGCUACAGAAGCUACGGCAGAGGGACCGGGAAGAAACUAAGCUACGACGAAGGUUGUCUGUAGUUCAACUCAAGCUAGAGGAAGCGGCUGAGCGUCACAGUGCUACGAUAGAACACGUCCUCGGGCUGAUGGACGUGUACGGAUCACGUAUGGAGGAACAGAGGAUGGAGCUUCAGCGAUUGCGCGCAAAGGUAAAUAACUGUGAUAAAACCUCCGAAGGGCUUAGAAACGAGGGGGUAAUCAGUGCUCCAGUUGGAGUCCGUGGGUUGAAGGCUAGUGCUGUGCAGGCAGAGAAUGAAAGCCUGAAGAAUCGCGUUAAGUCACUCACUGAUGAGAGGGAGGAGUUGAGGAAAAUGACACAAAGGCUACAGGAUGAAAAGGAGGAGAACCUACAAACUUUUUCCAACAUACGGAACAAGUUAACGGCCGAUAUCAUGGAUAAACAAGAACAAAUACAUCAAGCUAACAAAAAAUUGAAAGAGUUAUCGGAUGAAGCUGCGGCUAGGGAUAUCUUGGUUCAACAAGUGCGACUUUUCGUGCAAAUGGUUUGCCAGCCUGAUUUCCACGUGGUUAAGGACACCUCUCUCCAACCAGUCGACCGGAGCAGGACCGAACCAACAGGUUUUGUUUUAGUUCCCCUGACGCUGAUGCUGCAGGGUUACUCUCUACUUUCAAACGAAGACCGCGAUGACCUUGUAGAACUGUACCGGCAACGGCUCACUUGA